CCUGGUUUGGGGACUGAUCAACAGGUAGGCAAACAAAGGGACAGAUCUGACUAGCUUGGGUAAGGAGACAGAUAAGACCAAAAGAGGCCCUAAGACUUGCAACCAGGAAGGUGAGGAUGUGGGAGAGGCAGGAGAUAAAAGAUCAUGGGCCAAGACUGCAGCUCUGAAUCACGGAAGCAGAGCUUUUUCUAAUAACGCAAGCUACAAGAUGUGCUCUUGUAUGUGCUGCAGGAAACUGAAGAAUGGUGGAGCCAAAGGACUUAGGAAUUGAGGGAACUGAGGAAUUGAGAAACCUUUAAGUUAAAUGGCAAUUGACACUAAUAUAGUAUUAAAAGAAGCCUGCAUAGUUGAAACAAGCAAGCCUAGGCUGGAGUCUGAAGGCCUGAGUUCUACUGGCAGUUCUACAAACUGCCACCUUAGAGAAUUUACUGCCCUUCCUUGGGAUUGAAAAAAAAGGCAUUUCAGGGCACUGCCUGCUCUUAAAGUUAAGGACUUUUAGGACAAUAGCGGGAACAGUUGAAGAGGAGGAUUCCUGCGAUCAGGCCACCCCUCGUUUUAGAAACAUCCGGAACCUUUCUGCUGUGCUUUUUGCACGGACGUGAGAUAAAGGAGACAGGAAGUCAUUGUCGGGAGGUUCCGGGUUUCCUGGGCUACUACGAUGGCGAUGAGUUUCGAGUGGCCGUGGCAGUAUCGCUUCCCGCCCUUCUUUACGUUACAGCCGAACGUGGACACUCGGCAGAAGCAGCUGGCCGCCUGGUGCUCGCUGGUCUUGUCCUUCUGCCGCCUCCACAAACAAUCCAGCAUGACGGUAAUGGAAGCUCAGGAGAGCCCGCUCUUCAACAACGUCAAGCUGCAGCGGAAGCUCCCUAUGGAAUCAAUCCAGAUUGUAUUAGAGGAACUAAGGAAGAAAGGGAACCUCGAGUGGUUGGAUAAGAACAAGUCUAGCUUCCUGAUCAUGUGGCGAAGGCCAGAAGAAUGGGGGAAACUCAUCUAUCAGUGGGUUUCCAAGAGUGGCCAAAACAACUCUGUGUUCACCCUGUAUGAACUGACCAAUGGGGAAGACACAGAGGAUCAGGGGUGCCCAGGAAGUGUGGGUGGCAGCUGCAGCAGUAUAGAUGGCACCUGCAUGCCCUGGCCUCUCAAGGUCUCAGCUUCCAGCUACUCUGCUCUCCUAAGAGAGCCUGGGCUCCAAGAAGUCGCGUGUCCCUGACUGCCCCAUCUUUCCCUGUCCAGAGUUCCAUGGGCUGGAUGAGGCAACCCUACUGCGGGCUCUGCAGGCCCUACAGCAGGAGCACAAGGCAGAGAUCAUCACCGUCAGCGAUGGCCGUGGCGUCAAGUUCUUCUAGCAGAGUCCUGUCUCCCUUUACUUCUGACCUCCCACCCUUGUAGGGUUUUCAAAAGGAGACAGACCCAGUGUCUGCCCAGACUGUAUCUGUUACUCCACCAGACUCAAAAGGGCUCCAAUCCUGAAGGCUGGGACCCCAGGGAUAGGUUUUCCACUUACCCCAUAAAUCUGGGAUAGGGUGAGGCUGAGGCACCAAGGUAAAAGAUGUGCUUAUUCCUAUCCUAACUCUUCUCUCAUCCUAGACUCCCUGAGCCGGGGUCUGUAAAUCUAACACUUUACAUGUGUUCGGUAUGUACAUACAUAUGUGCACCUGCAGAAGCUUCUCUCUCUUUCUCCUCCCACCCCCUUAGCUGCUGUUUUCUUCCCUCUCAGGCUGGUGCUGGAUCCUUCCUAGGGGGUGGGGGAAGCCCUGGCUGCAGGCAGCCUUUCAGGCAAUAUGAAGAUAGGAGGCCCAACAAGGGGCCUGGUAAUGCGAGGCAGGGCCAGACACUGAUUUAUGAUAUUAAAAAAGUCACCUCCCACUGCCUGCCUCCAAGUUACUGCUGGAAAGGGGCUGGGGAGGGCUGUGAACUGUUACCAUCUGAGUAAAUCCCAGCCAGUGAGAGGGGAGAGACCAAUGGCCUUUGUGAAUGAAAAGGUCCCCCAGGGCCCACGGGCUCUAGGGAGCCUGUGGCUUUACAUCUGCUAGGUGGGCUGUGUGGGGAAAUGCUGAUGGAACACAGCUUUUCUGUCUUCUGCAGUUGGAGUCACUUAAUGGCUCCCCCUUCCCUCAUCUCCUCCAUUAAAAUUCUGAAGGACUGAA